AUGCUGCAGCCGCAGCAGCAGCAGCAGCAGCAAAGGCACACGCAGCAGCACAACCACCAACUGCAGCAGCAGCUCGUGCACAAGCACCACCUGCAGCAGCAGCAGCAGCAGCAGCAGCAACCGCAGCAGCAGCUGCAAAAGCAGCCAUCAGCCCCCCAGGAAAAAGUGCGCACGUGGGUAGUUGCCGCCAGGGAGAGAAGAAGCAGCACCAUCAUUAACAGCAGCAGCAACAGCAGCAGCAGCAGCAGCAGCAGCAGCAGCAGCAGCAGCCACGUUGCUGGGUGUGUAGAGGCUGGGCCUGCAAACAACUUUGGCUGCAGCCACAAAGUAGAAACUUUGCGGGAAAAGGCAGCAGCAAGCCCGCUGGCUGCGUAUGUGCACCAGAAGGCUGUCAGCAGCAGCCGCAGCAGCAGCAGCAGCAGCAGCCGCAGCAGCAGCAGCAGCAGCAGCAGUAGCCGCAGCAGUAGCAGCAAGAGACGCUCUGUGCAAACCAAGAGAAGCACUCAAGGCCUCCACCGGAGCCAACAAGGCCCCCAGCAGGGGGCACGAAAACAGGCCGCAUGCAGCAGCAGCAGCAGCAGCAGCAGCAGCAGCAGCAGCAGCGGUAGCGACAGCAGCAGCAGCAACAGCAGCAGCAGCAGCGGCGGCAGCAGGAGCAAGCAAAUGAAGAGAAGAGAUAGACGCCGUGCUGCUCGUCGCGGUCUCCGCGCCUCCAGAGAACUCUCAAGAUCUGGUGCUGCUGCUGCUGCUGCUGCUGCUCCUGCUGCUGCUGCUGCUGCUGCUGCCGAUUUGGCUGAUCUGGAAAUGGCGCAGUGGCUCAAUGCAGAGUUUUCGCCCGAAGAUUUGCUGCUGCUGGAGGGCCCCAGAGCAGCAGCAAAGGCAGCUUGCCAGGAAGAGCAGCAGAAGGGCCUGGAAUGUGGAGAUACGAGGCAAAGCAGCAGCAGCACCAGCAGCAGUAGGAGCAGCAGCAGCAGCAGCAGGAGCAGCAGCAGGAGCAGCAGCAGGAGCAGCAGCAGGAGCAGCAGCAGGAGCAGCAGCUGCAGCACGAACGGCCAAACGCCCCAAAGGGCAGCAGCGUCGCCUGUUUCUUCUGCGACGCUUUCGAGCAGGAGCAGCAGCAGCAGCAGCAGCAGCAGCAGCAGAAGCAGCAGCACCAGCAGCAGAAGCAGCAGCAGCGACAGGGACAGUCCCCAAGGCGAGACCCUAAUCUAUUCUGACUGCGGCGGCUCUUCCCCCACGCAUUCGCAGCAGCACGCUGCUGCUGCUGCGAGACAGCAGCAGCAGCAGCAGCAGCAGCAGCAGCAGGAUUCGAAUUCUUGUGCCGCUCGCAGCGGCAGCCCUCUAUCGGCCUUGCGCAGAGCGGCCUCUGCGGACCAGACCAGCAGCAGCAGCAGCAGCAGCAGCAGCAGCAGCAGCAGCAGCAGCAGCAGCAGCUGGGCGUGCGUGUGUGCGGGUCGGUGCGCAGCUCGGGGGCGCUGCUGCCGCAGCGGGCAGCAGCUGCUGCUGCUGCAGCAGGGGCUGCGGCGGCGGCUGCGGGGCUUUGCUGCAGCAGGCAAAACGCAUGCAGAAUGCAUGCAGCACUUCCGGCAGCGUUUGGGGCUGGGCCCCACAACUCGGGUUUUCUGCAUAGAGCCCUCGAAGCACAAGCGCCCCGCAGCAGCAGCAGCAGCAGCAGCAGCGCCAGCAGCAGCAGCAGCAGCAGCAGCAGCAGCAGGCUGCGGGCGGCUCACUGUGGAGUCCUGUGUUGCUGCUGCACUGCGAAGGAGGGGCUGGGUGGAAAACAAAGACUGGAGAUCUCCUUUUUGUGACUUUCGCUGGGUGCUGCAGCAGCGGGAGUUCGAGCAGCAGCAGCAGCAGCAGCAGCAGCAGCAGCAGCUGAACCACUUCCCGGGCAGCGAGGCGCUGGCCACGAAGGGCGGCCUCACCCGCUCGCUGCAGCAACUCAAACUUGCUGCUGCUGCUGCUGCUGCUGCUGUUGACUGCUUCUACCCCAGAGCUUAUGACCUUAGUGCUCUCAGCGAUUGUGCUGCUUUCAUUCUCGACUGGAGCCGCACCGAGGCCCUCGCAGUGCUGCUGCUCUACCUCCGCAGCACUGCAGCAGCAGCAGCAGCAGCAGCAGCACCAGCACCAGCAGCAGCAGCAGCAGCAGCAGCAGCACCACCAGCAGCAGCAGCACCAGCAGCAGCAGCACCAGCACCAGCAGCAGCAGCAGCAGCACCAGCAGCAACAGCAGCACCAGCAGCAGCAGCACCAGCAGCAGCAGCAGCAGCAGCAGCAGCAGCAGCAGCAGCAGGUGUGGGGUCUCGGGAGUGGCUGCUGCUGCCGUGGCUAGCAGCAGAAGUGGUGGAGUGUUGGCUGCCCGAGUUGCUGCCGGACCUUUUUUUGGACUGCGAGGGGCCCCCGGGGCCCCUCAGCCCGGGGCACAUUGAGGCCUUUUCGGACUUGGCUUGGCGGCUGCGGCAGCAGCCAGCGAGCUUCCUGCUGCAGUGGCAGCAGCAGCAGCAGCAGCAGCAGCAGCAGCAGCAGCAGCAGCAGCAGCAGCGGCAGCAGCAGGGGGAGUGGCCCACUAAGAAUGUGUGGAUCGUUAAGCCCUGCAGCAACGCCCGCGCCUCCGGCAUCAAACUCUUCACCUCUCCCCUCGAGAUCCUUAAAUCCGGUAAACCCUAA